UGAGACUCCCAAGAGGCAGCUGCAUACUGGAGUUACCAUGCAGGCCUUCCAUUCUCUGGGAUAUAAAGCCCAGGCAAAGGCAUGCAAAAACAGCCUCGCCUUUGGCAAGCAAAUGUCCUGCAGAGCCUUCCUUGCAGGCAGAUUUCAGUCUCAUCGGCUGGACAGCAGCAAUGCCAGCUGGCCUGGCUCCCUGCCCAGGGCUCCCUGUGGAGCCAUCUUCAAAAGUUUUGAUGCCCAGAGUUGGCUUCCGCAUCGCCUUCUCUCAAGCUUCAAUGUGCCACCCAGUGCUGAGUUUGUGGCCAGGCCCACAGGGGUCUGCUCUAUGUUCAAGCUGCCCAUCCGGAAUUCGGUAGAGGGUCUGGAUGUGGCUUUUGUGGGAGUCCCUCUUGACACGGGGACCUCCAACCGUCCUGGGGCCAGGUUUGGUCCUCGCCACAUCCGCGCCGAGUCAGUAAUGGUGAGAGCGUUCAACCCAAGCACUGGAGCAGAUCCGUACCAUUCCCUCGUGGUGGCCGACAUCGGUGAUGUGAACAUCAACCUGUAUAACCUGAAGGACGCCUGCAGGCAAAUCCGAGAGGCCUUUCAAAAGAUAGUGGCAGGGGGCUGCAUACCCCUCUCACUGGGUGGAGACCACACCAUAACAUACCCCAUCCUGCAGGCCGUCGCUGAAAAGCACGGCCCGGUGGGGCUGGUACACGUGGACGCUCACACGGACACGGGAGACGAAGCCUUAGGGGAAAAGAUAUAUCAUGGCACGCCAUUCCGGCGCUGUGUGGACGAGGGGCUCCUAGACUGCAAACGGGUCGUUCAGAUUGGAAUCAGAGGAUCCUCCUACUCUCGCGACCCUUAUAAGUAUUGCUGGGACCAGGGUUUCCAGGUAGUGCUAGCAGAAGACUGCUGGAUGAAGUCGCUAGUCCCUUUGAUGGCAGAGGUGAGGAAGCAGAUGGGACACAAGCCCGUUUAUAUCAGCUUCGAUAUCGAUGGGAUAGACCCUGCCUAUGCUCCCGGCACCGGAACACCAGAGAUUGCUGGCCUCACCCCUGCCCAGGCUCUGGAGAUUAUUCGCGGCUGCCAAGGACUCAAUAUCAUUGGUGGCGACCUUGUUGAAGUGGCUCCAGUCUACGAUGCUUCCGGUAACACAUCGCUCCUGGGAGCAAAUCUGCUCUUUGAAAUGCUGUGCGCCCUCCCUCACGUGAAGACAACAUAAAGCAUGCCACGGCAGCUUCUGCUUCAUGCAAAAGAUAUCCUUAAUGCACAAAGACCUCCUUGCAGACAAACAUAGAAUCAGGACUUUGCAUUUUACCCAUGCUGGGUCUGUAUGACUCACUGAUCACUACCUGCACCGUUUUCAGACAACUGAAGCCGUUGGAAAGGUGCACAAGUCCUGGGGAUCUCUUGUUUUUAGAUAAUAAAGCUGCUAAUCCUCA